UUCUGUCUGUGUAAGCCUCAGCAAGAGUGUCAGUCUCACUCGCUUUUCGUUUCCUUAUCUAUAAAAUGGAGAUAAUAACGUUUACCUCACAGGGAUGUUGCCUCAAUUAAGGCAAAUAAUACAGAAAACGUCCUGUAGUGCAGAGACUGGCACAGUGAAAGCUGCUCAAAUCCACCCUCUCAAUGGUUCUUCUAGAAUCGCAUCCUGCAAGAUCAUCGGUUCCAACCGUGCUUUUCUGCACUGUGUGCCGUGCUGCACACUGAGAUGACAUUUGACUGCCCAGCAUAACUUACCCCCUUACGUCCCAUCUCUCUGGCCUGGGCUCUCCUGACGAUCAUCCUUUCCUCUCUCUGAUGUACUUAAAAUCCGCCUUCCUUGAGUCAGGAACCAGUGCUUUUUGCCCUGGGGCCUCCUGUUCUGUUAUUGUCCCCCUGGGCUGUCAUGAGGUACCCCUGCUACUGUGACCUGCCUCCUUGCUUUGACCUUCCAAUUUUAUUCAGACUCAUCUUUAGCUCUUAACUUGUGCCUUCCGGCCUCUGCGCUACCCUCACGGAAAUGAGAGUUCAUAGCCCUUCUCUUCUCUCUCUGAUUGCAGUCAGGGGUUUUCCUUGCAAAAGCCCUUGCCCCUGCCACCUGCCUCCGCCUUCCGUUGCACUCCCACCUCACUGCCUCAGCUUUCCCCGGGACGUGGGGCAGAGGGAGGAACCUCUCGGGGCACCAGAGAAGGAGGAAGGUGCAGAAGUGCCAGGACCCGUGGCUGUACCUCCCUGCUCUGCUCAAGGGGAAGUGGUCCUUAUCCAUGGAUGUUUGCUGUUGGGAUGGAUGACUGCCUCCAAAUGUUCUGAGGAAACAGUAAGAGAUUUUUGUCCAUUCCCUGGCAGACCUCACUCUACAGACAGUGCCACACACAGAAAGAUGACCCUGCCACUUGCUAAUAGAUGCUCAAGGACACAGAUUAGAAUCUUACCAAUGGCCGGUCCUGAUCCCGAAUGCCAUCGCACGGAAAUGAUUAAGAAAGAAGAAGAACGUCUGAGAGCUUCUGCUCACCAGGAGACGGUCCAUCCGCGGGCGAAGCAGACCCAGCAGGGGCCGAGUGUCCCCUACCAGGACCCCAGCAGUGACGAGGAGGAGGAGGAGGAAGGCGACGAAGCUGUUAAAAACCACGACCCAGGGGAACUCCGAGGUGGCGAGCCCUCCAGAAAGAGGAAAGUGGAGGGGGAAGAGGAAGAGGACGACUGAGGCAGAAAAUGUGCCCUCACUGGAUAUCUUGUUCUCAACAGUUUGUUUUAAAACAAUGAAAUGCCUUGUUUUGACUGAAAUGAUGAACUGAGUUGCUUUGGCAUCAUCCUAAUUGUGAAUAAAAUAUGUUCAGAAGCAA